CCUCAGUACCUAAAAGAUUUUCUCUCACACUCAAUACCGUGCCUUUGUCAAAAUCCUCUCCACCCUUCGCCGCCGUCUUCUUCCUCUCGCCGCCGCCGCCGCCGCAUUUCCUCCACCCUCGCUGCCGGCUCUAGAAAAGGACUCCUCUAGAGUUAGGACUUUAGGCUGGGGUUUCCCUAAAAGUCUCAUUUUUCAAAAUUCCCAUCUUGCUUUGCUGAGAGUCUCUGCCCGCUGCCGCUGGUUGCCACCUGCCGCUGCUCGCCUGUGUUCCUUAUUGUCAGGAACCGUUUGGAUUGAGUUGCAACUUGUAUAAUGCCAUCUCUCCAAACAGCAUUACCUCCUGAACUUGCCAACAAUGCCAUCCGACUUUAUCGAGAGUGUCUCCGACGAGCAAAAUACAUUGGCAGUAAGCAACAUAACACACAGCUUCUUGUUAGUAUGGUGAGACAGCAGUUCAAAAAGCAUAUGCAUGAGACUGAUCCAGAUAAAAUUCAGAAAUUGAAGGAUGAUGCCGCGAGGGGGCUUAUAAAUCACAUGCUGCAUGAAUCUGAGGAGAUAACUGGCCGGAAAUUCAGCCAGGGUUCUUGAAAUUGCCUGCUAGCAAAUUGUUGCAAGGAUUUCCAAGAUACCAGUUCCAAGCUAAUUAGCUUUGAUGUUUUAUUAGCAUAUCAAUGCAGAGACAAUAAAGCCGUACUCGCCGUAUUGUUGAAUUUGUGAUGAGCUCGCUAUUAAGGCUCAACUUUUUCCUUUCUACCUUUGAGGGUCGGCUUUUAUCCAUCUUUUUUGGCCAGAAGUUUUGAGACGACUACUCCAUAUCUUUUUGAGUUGAAAAACAUUCAUCAGUAAUACAUGUAGUGUCUCAAUUGAUAAAAUAUUUAAAUGAUGAGUAUAAUUGCGUUAGUUUUUUCUUCG